GUUUGUGUUUGACAGCGUAUUGAUUCGCACUGGGUGGUCAGAAAACCGGGCUUGGGUUUGAGCGCAAGUCCUUUUCGCGAGGGGUGUCAGUCGUUACCAUGCUUACGGUUCACGGGUUCACGUUGCUAUGGCAGUCCAAUAGGAACCAAACAAAUAUCGGUUUUAUUUAUGUAAACUGUAAUUAGAAUGUCAACCUAGGGAGGUUGAUAAAUCAGCCGGUGUACGUUAGAUUUAUUGAUAUAGUGUUUAAACUAAAAUUACUAACUGGAACGGUAAUGUCUAGUAAUUCAAAUGAUGAAAAUCAGCCUCGAUUGAACGGUCGUGAAAGAGUUACCCACCCGGCACCGGCCGAGCCUGAUCCAAUUAGAACCAUCGAUGACCUGUACCGAAGCAUACAGCAGGAAAUUCAAUUCUACAAACAGGAACACGAGACUAUUAAAGCUGAUCUCAAGCGGCUACUUCAGAGUGAUCAAAUUGCUUGUUCACUAAGUAAUUUACUGCCCGGUUUAGAUGGUGAAAACGAUAGCGAUGAGAUUGGUCGGCAUGAUCAGGAGCAAUUCAAACGAGUCUCGAAUGAAGUGAUAAACAAUUUGAAGAAUCAAUUGGAUAUUGUUUGGCAGGAAAAAAAUACACUCCAGAGUCUGUGGAAAAGCUCUCAACGAACAAUCCAAAUACUCGAACUGGAAAUAGGCGAAUAUCGCCGGCAGCUGAAACAGCCGAAAAGUAUACACGUCCUGCGGCAGCAAUACGCGGCGGCACUCCAGCUGCUCGAGCAGAACCUACUGACGCUGCGCUCAAAAUUGAAUCAACGAACCGAGGAAAACAAACGCCUGGAGGCAACCGGCGCAACCGAGCGGGAACGCUUCGAAGCUCUGGAGCGGGAUUAUACUGCACUGCAGUCGGAAGCCCGUCAGCUUGAAGCCACCGUCGAGGAGAGGCGCGGUUCCGAAUCUCGUCUAACCGCGGAACUCGAACGUGUCAUGAAGGAAAACGCCGACCUGGAAGCACUGCUGGAUCAGGCGAACGCUCUGGCUCGGCAUCACAUGGGUCGGGAAAAUCUGGCGCUAAUCAAAGUGCAGGAAGCCCUUCAAAUUGCCGAUACGGCCAUCGAGGAGAAAAACUCGCUGCGCCUGCAGGAGGAAAGUGUUCGGGAGGAAUGCAAUUUUCUCGCGUCAACCAUCGGGCAGGUCAUGGAGGAAGCGGCCCGCAAAGUUGAACUGGAAAUGAAUGCCCUGAAGGUGGGCUACGAGGGUCGAAUUGGGACGCUCGAGCAGCAACUAGAGCAGCUGAAAGGUUUGCUGGAAGUGCAACAGCAAAAAACCAGCCAGGCGGAAAUGCGGGCAGCCACGCUGGAGGAGAAAUUCAAAAGUUUGAUUGUGACGAAUCAGAAUCUGGAUGCGGACCUACAUUCGGCAUCCAAAAUGAUCAUUGAAAUGGAACUGAAGUUGGAAGCAUUCCAGAAGACAACGACUAAGGAACGGGAAAUCAGCAAGACGAGCCAGGAGCGGGAGCAUGAACUGAGGAAGCUGCUGGAAAGCAAUCAAGAGCUGCAGGAACGCUGGAAGACGGAGAUGACAGCAUUGACCAAUGAGUUGCAGUGUAAACUGAAAGCACUUCGACGGGAAAAUUGCAUGCUCAAGGCGGAAAACAAUCAAUUAAAGGAUCAGUUAUUAAAGGCGGAGAACCAUGAGCUGAAUUUAUAACAGCCAGCCACAGCAACGAAAGAAGAGGGGACGGAUGACAGGCUUCCGGGAUGACAGCGUGAACCUAUUUCAUCGCUGCAAGAAUCAGCAUCGUCAUCUUCGUCAUUGCUAGCACCAUUUUCAAGAAGCUGUGCCAUCGUCAGGAUCAAACCACUCGAGGCUUAAAAUAGGGUCGUAUCGUGUACGCAGUAUUAGGGUAGUGGGUAUCGAGAAUAUUGAAUGUGAUUUUUUUAGAUUAUUCUGAGUUGGGUAUAGAUGUAAAUUUAUGGCUUUUCUUGUGUUUUGACAGGGAGUUUGAUUGUAUCUGAUUUUAGUGUUGUGUCGUGUAAAAAAUGUUUUUAAUAAAGAAAAUUUCUUUAUAAACUAAUGGUUGAUAGUAGAAACACAAUAAAAUGGAAUGAGGAAACAUGUCGGCUGUAAUAUUUUUAGAGCAGUGUAUGGACAGAUAAGAUUUGGAUAAAAUAACCACAAGUUGCCGUGGCAUUAAUGAUCUUGUCCAGUUUUUACAACGACUGAGUGGAAACAUAUAUUGAAGAAA